UUUGCAAACCCACACAAUUUCUCUUUCGUUUCUACAUCUUAGAGAUAAAGUAGUGACAACGGGAUCUUGGUUGAAAUUCAUACUAAUUCCCACGUGAAUGUCGCUAAUUUGAAUAAAAAUUGCUCCUCACAAAGCCAAAAGAAUGGCAAUUCCAAGUCGUGCCCGUGUUUAUCACGACGUCAAUACCCACCGACCCAGAGAAUAUUGGGAUUAUGAAUCACAUGUCGUUGACUGGGGAAACCAGGAUGACUACCAACUUGUUCGAAAACUGGGAAGGGGUAAAUACAGUGAAGUAUUUGAAGCAUUUAACGUUACAGACAACAAAAAAGUUGUUAUAAAAAUUUUAAAGCCUGUAAAGACGAAGAAAAUCAAACGUGAAAUUAAAAUCUUGCAAAACUUACGAGGAGGUGGCCCCAACAUUAUCACACUCCUUGACAUUGUGAAAGAUCCAGUGGUCAUGGGCCAAUUUACUCUGGUGAAUUCUUUUAUAAGAAACAGCUGUCUGUUGUCCAGAACUCCAGCGUUGGUGUUCGAACAUGUCAAUAAUAUUGACUUCAAGCAAUUGUACCAGACAUUAACAGACUAUGACAUCCGAUACUAUAUGUUCGAAAUACUAAAGGCACUUGACUUCUGCCACAGUAUGGGUAUAAUGCACAGAGAUGUAAAACCACACAAUGUUAUGAUCGACCAUGAGAAUAGAAAGCUUCGUUUAAUAGACUGGGGAUUAGCUGAGUUCUACCACCCUGGUCAAGAAUAUAAUGUUCGAGUGGCAUCUAGAUACUUUAAAGGACCUGAACUUCUUGUGGACUACCAAUUUUACGAUUACUCACUUGACAUGUGGAGUCUGGGCUGCAUGCUUGCUUCAAUGAUAUUUAGAAAGGAACCUUUCUUUCAUGGCCAUGACAAUUAUGACCAGCUGGUUCGCAUAGCCAAGGUUCUUGGAACUGAAGACUUGUAUGAAUAUCUUGACAAAUACAACAUUGAGUUAGAUCCAAGAUUCAAUGAUAUACUUGGAAGACACUCCCGGAAGAGAUGGGAGAGAUUUGUUCACAGCGACAAUCAGCAUCUUGUAAGUCCAGAGGCGAUUGACUUCCUCGAUAAAUUGAUCAAGUAUGAUCACCAAGCACGACUCACUGCUCGUGAAUCCAUGGAACACCCCUACUUUUACCCAGUUGUUAAGGAUCAAGGAGGUCUUUCAUCAAAUGCAACUUUGCCUUCUUCUUCUACCCAACUCGGCCAAGUUCAAAUGGGAUCAGGCAUGCGACUAUAACAUCACACUCACAUCACUUGUACAUAGGAAUGUGCCUUGGUGGAAUAACUAGCACAACUGGAGUCCUAAAGGAUUCCCCAGGCGGUUCCAUCCGACAAUCCAACACAGCUCAAUCAAUGAAUUAAGCCUUGGAAGCAUUUCAACAUAUAACCGUCUAUAAAAAUUGGUGUUGCUUAUUGUCAAGAUGGCAUGUUUGCCGUGCUUUUUCUGGCAUUUAGUUGCCUUCAGUGUGCAGAAAAAACAUUUCCAUUGAAUUUCGAUCGACGAAAUAAAUUUCAUGACCAUUUAAGCUUUUGUAUGUUGUGUCUUAUGUUUUGAAUGUAUACUGCUUUGCCAUUUUCAUCACAAAUGUAAAAAAUAUGAUUUUUGGGGAUCUAUUACAGUCACAUCUUCAGCCCAUUCUCUUGAUGUUUCUCCCAAACACCUCCUUAAUGUUUUCUUUGUAUGUUUUAACUCAUGCCAACUCAAUAAUUGUGUAUUUUUGGAGUAUUCUUUAUGGCUAGCAUAAAUGUUCCACACAUUAAAAUCAGACAAAACAACCCAGUGUAUGAAACUAUGAAGUAGUACAAAUGCAGUGACAUGUAUUGCCAACUUAAAUUGACCAUUUUUACUUUGAUUGGUAAAGUAAAACGAAACAUAUUGCAGUAUGGGUAAUCUCAGUAAGCCCUUGCAACAUGAUGAUCAUUCAUCAAACAGGUUUCUUUGUUUGUUGUGAGCGCACCAUCUUUUCAUAUUUUUCUUUUAAGCUUUUGUGGUUACUUAACUCGAUGAAAGCUUUAUUCUUAUUAAUUUGAGAGUAAGCAUUUGUGCAUCUCCUCCAUAUUUCGAUGUUACGUUCAUGUGCUGUUGAUGAAUCUGGAACUUUUUCCAAACUUCUGUCGUUUUCACAAAUUCGUGACAUUUCCUCUUCUAAGACAGUAUGACGUUUGACUCUGGAACAAUAAAUUUGGGGUAGUUUACAUUCAAAA